UAGGGGACAGUCAGCCGUGAGAUUAUUUUGCUGUAACCGCCAGGACAGCAGACGAUCAGGGAGCCAUCAGAGACCAGAGCCAAGUGAGGGUCGGCGUGGUAGCAGAUUGGCACAGACAUGACUUUUCGUGGAAACCCGAGUUUCUUUGUCUUUCUCGUCUACUCCAUCUACUGCAGCGCCAUUUUGACUCGGGGAGACUACCCAUUCCGAAAUGUCUCACUUCCGUGGGACGCAAGGGUAGACAACUUGGUGUCCUUGCUGACGAUAGAUGAGAUCCAGGAGCAGAUGGCGCGUGGAGGACACGGACCCCACGUCAGCCCCGCCCCGGCCAUCCCCCGACUCGGGGUGGGGCCGUACUCGUGGAACACGGAAUGUCUGGAUGGAGAUGUGGAUGCGGGGCCAGCCACUUCCUUCCCACAGGCUCUGGGACUGGCGGCGACUUUCAGCCCUGACCUAGUGGAGCGAGUAGCACGUGCCACAGGGUUAGAGGUCAGGGCCAAAUACAACAACUACACCCAACACGGACUGUACGGCGACCACCGCGGCCUCAGCUGCUUCUCGCCAGUCAUCAACAUCAUGAGGGACCCCAGGUGGGGCCGCAACCAGGAAACAUACGGCGAGGAUCCAAUACUAAGCGGUAUCCUAGCAACGAGCUUUGUGCAUGGUCUCCAAGGCAACGACACCCGUUAUGUUCUGGCCAACGCUGGCUGCAAGCAUUUUGAUGCUCAUGGAGGUCCAGAGAACAUUCCUGUUGGAAGAGACUCUUUUGACGCCCAGGUGUCAGACAGAGACUGGAGGUCCACGUUUCUACCCGCCUUUAAAGCCUGUGUAGAGGCCGGCACUUACAGUCUCAUGUGCAGCUACAACAGAAUCAACGGUGUGCCGUCCUGCGCCAACAAGAAGUUGCUGACGGACAUUCUGCGCACGGAGUGGGGCUUUAAGGGCUACGUGGUCAGCGAUGAGAUGGCCCUGGAGUGGAUCAUCACCGGUCAUCACUACGCCAACGACAACGUCACGGCCGCUGCCGCAGCAGUCAAUGCCGGCGUUAGUCUGGAAAUUUCACCGGACAUAAUCGACAAUGUUUUUGCACACAUUGUUGCUGCUGUUAAAGCUGGGAAAAUCAGCGAGGAUACGGUUCGAUCUAGAGUAAAGCCUUUAUUCUACACACGCAUGCGCCUGGGAGAGUUUGACCCGCCGGACAUGAACCCCUACACACAGGUGAACGUGUCCCUCAUCCAGAGUCCGGCACAUCGCGACCUGGCACUGGAGGCAGCAGUCAAGAGCCUGGUGCUGCUCAAGAACCAAAACGGGUUUCUACCCCUAAAGCAGAGAUUCAAUCAAAUAGCCGUCGUGGGGCCCAUGUCCAACAGCCCCGCCGUUCUGUACGGCGACUACAGCCCCACCAUCAACGAGACUUUGACCGUGACCCCGCUGAACAGCCUGGGUCAGCUCAGUGAUGUGGUUUAUUCUGCUGAUGGAUGUUCUAACCCUCGGUGUACGACCUACGACUCGGACAGUGUCUUCGCUGCUGUGUCAAAAGCUGAGGUCACGUUUGUCUGUCUGGGAACAAGCAACGUGAUUGAGAGCGAGGGCAAUGACCGUGCAGACCUUGAGUUGCCAGGGAAACAGCUCCAGAUGCUGAAGGAUGUUGUCAGUGCAGCUGGUGGGAAGCCAGUGGUGUUGCUGCUGUUCAACGCCGGUCCGCUCAACAUCACGUGGGCCGUGAACAACUCGGCCGUCGUCGCCAUCUUGGAAUGCUUCUUUCCGGCGCAAACCGCGGGGACAGCAAUCUAUAGAGCUCUGACAAACUACAAUGGAGUGAGCUCCCCUGCUGGUCGUCUGCCUGCAACAUGGCCGCUUCUGGCGUCGCAGAUUCCAGACAUGGUGAACUACUCCAUGGCUGGCAGAACCUACCGGUACUUUGAAGGCCAGACUUUGUACCCGUUUGGCUAUGGUCUGUCUUACACGACCUUCAACUACAGUGACCUCAAGACCCCAGCCACCUUGAACCCGGGUCAAGAUCUCGUCGUCCAAGUUACUGUCGCUAACACGGGGCAGGUGACAGCGGACGAGGUGACACAGGUGUAUGUUCAGUGGCUCAACUCCUCAGUACCCACGCCUCGUCUUCAGCUGGUGGCCUUUAACCGCACCACCCUGUACCCCUCCCAGCCCCAGACUCUGACAUUUACUGUAAAAGCUAGUUAUCUGGAAGUAUACACAGAUAACGGAUGGGAGUUUGAGCCAGGACCGUUACGUAUCUACGUCGGAGGCCAGCAGCCGGGUCAAGAGCCACCCGUGGGGUCAAACGUCUUGUCCGCCAUCAUAGUGAUGACGUCAUUGUAACGGACUGCGAGCACGUGACAUUCAAGUAUUAUGCUGGGGCUCGUAGGGACUUUGACAAUGACAUUCAUCAUUAUAAAAAAAGAUUACUGUUCUUUACGGCAGGUAAGACGAUAAAGACUUUUGGAAGAGAGAAA